CAACAACAACAAAAGUGACUCCGGACGCACCGGCGCGCGCGUCCAGUCUGAUCAUAUGUAUUCAUCUUUUAAUGCACAUAUACGUUUGAAAACAAACGUUUUAAGGAUUUUUUUGUGUUAUUGUAGAUAUAUUUUAAACACUUCCUGGAUGGAUUGAGUAAACAAGGACGCGAGCGGAGGAUAUUUUGGAUUGUUUUGUGAAAUAAGAGGAAGAAGUGGACUUUUGCUUCAAUGUUCAUCUGGUCAUGUGAUUAUAUUUAAACAAUCGAAUGUUAUGAUAGUACACUUAUUGCUUACGUGUACCAGUGCUGAUGUAGAAUAUACAACUGAAAACUCAAUAGUAACAUAAUGAAAGAUACAUCAUUUAGGGUUUAUUCUGAAUUGUUUAAUGCACUUUAAAGAGAAAGUUGUUUUGCAGUUGUUUGAUCAGGUGCUUAUUUUAACGCGUUUUCUUGUCUAAAGCAGUUUCCUAAACAAAGAACUGUCAGAACCCAUCAUGCAUUCGGUUGCAAUGCAUUAUAUGGUUAUGAAUGACGUGUAUGGCUUAACUUUUAGUAACUUUUAAUGUCAAGAGUUGCACGGUGAGAUUGUUUUGAAAAAGGACCUCGACCCAGAUCUGAGCCUCGUUGUCAUUUCGAAGACUCGCCCAGAUGUGUGAUCAUGGCUGACCCAACCACACACAGUUUAACCCUCGCUGUUCUCUACAUUCAAUCUAUCGUUUAGUUUCCACAAAGCUUGAAGUUUGUCCACAGAGACCAUGUCUGAGAGUUGUGUAUCGGGUCAGACUUCAGAGGACCUGCUGGUUGAUUUUGAGUCUCUCUUGAAUAAUGGCAGCAUUAAUCUCAGUGAAGACCAUCAGAUUGUCAUCAUAUCGACACCCAACACCACCAGCGCAUCUGGGGGGGACAUCCUGCUUUUUGCCACCCCACACAACACCACCGGCACCUCCACGACCACCCCGCUCGAGAACCGAAGAGCGACACCGGGCAGACCACCGGUAAAGAGGAAGUUGGAUCUGGACAGUGAUCAUCAGUACAUUUGCACCUCCAGAACCGCCUCCCGUGGACCAGCACCUCCGGCCACACCCGCACCACCCAGAGCGCCCAGACCGUCCACAGAGAAAUCUCGCUACGAUACGUCUCUCAAUCUCACCACCAAACGCUUUCUGGACCUGCUGGCUCAGUCUCCAGAUGGUGUGGUGGAUCUCAACUGGGCGUCCCAGGUGCUGGACGUCCAGAAACGUCGCAUCUAUGACAUCACCAACGUCCUGGAGGGCAUUCGUCUGAUCUCCAAGAAGUCAAAGAACAACAUUCAGUGGCUGGGUAACCGUAUAGACGGGGCGUCGGUGGCGAGGUUUCAGGAGCUUCAGAGAGAGUUAGCUGAACUGACGGACACGGAGGAGAAACUCGAUGAGCUUAUCAACAAAAGCAGCCUGCAGCUACGGCUGCUCACAGAGGACACGCACAACAAGAAGCUGGGGUACAUCAGAUGUCAAGACCUGCGCGACACCGUGGACCCUCCGGAUCAGAUCGUCAUGGUGAUACGAGCACCACCUGAAACACAGAUGCAGGUGACAGAACCCACUGAGGGCUACCAGAUUUCUCUAAAGAGCUCUAGAGGCCCAAUUGAUGUUUUCCUCUGUCCUGAGGACAGUUCUGGGGUUUGUAGUCCCGUCACAGAUUGUAGUCCAGCAAAAUCAACCGGUCAGAGCCCACCGCAGUCUGAACCCGCCUCACAGGAAGUGACAUCAACGCCAGCUACUCCAAGCUCCUCCCCUCUGCCUCUUGGUAAUAACGCUUCAGAGCCGUUUCUGGACUCUGAUCCGUUUUCUGGCGUUUGCGAGAUGCCAUAUUUUGAUUUUUCUCCACUGGGCUCGUCUGACUUCCUGCUGGAGCGGAGCGAUGGGGUGGACGGUCUCAGUCUCCCAUUGGACAGUUUUAUCUGCCUUUCCCCCCCACACAGUCAGGACUAUCACUUCGGCCUUGAGGAGGACGAGGGCAUCAGCGAGCUGUUCGACUGUGACUUCAGUGACUUCGGCCCUCUGGAGUUCUGA